GCAGUGUAAGUGCUCCGAUUAAUUUUUCGUAAAUGUUAGUAAAAUGUCUGAAAAUAUAAUUGUUACGAAAAACUUAAAAUAUCCUGCUGAUUUACCAGCAGGAUUAGGAAGUUUGUAUUUUAAAAGUAUGCAGAAACAUGCAAAACAGAAUAAAAUUGCACAGAUAGUCCACAAAACUGGUGAAAAAGAUUCGUAUGAUUCCCUACUAAAAAGAUGCAUACGGACUGCCUUAUAUCUACAAGAAAUCGGAAUAAAAAAAGACGAUGUGGUCUGUCUUGUUGGCUCAGUUCAUGUAAACAGUUGUGUCCCAUAUAUAGCCAGCCAUUUUAUUGGAGCCAUACCAAGUUGUAUUGCGAUAGAUUACCCGAAGGAAGAUAAAAAGAAACUUGUUAAGAUACUGGAACCAAAAGUGAUUUUUACUUUGCCCGAGCAUGUGGAGGAAAUGCAAAGCAUUUGCAUGCUUUGGAAUUUGCGGGCAAAAUUUGUGGUUUUUGGGGAAUAUAAAGAAGAAACUGGGUUUGAAGAUGUAAAUCAACCAAAUCCAAACGAAGAUAAAUUCGAACCCGUAGAAAUAAAAAAUCUAAAAGAUACGGCGAUAAUGUAUUUCAGCAGCGGUACCACUGGGUUACCAAAGGCAAUUUGUUUGAAUCAUUUUUCAAUGUUGAUAAAUUUAAUCAAAGAUAAAAACACAGAAAAUCCCGAUUACGAUGUUAUCAAGCAUUGGGCUAACGCGGUAGACACUAACUUUACAAUGAUAGAGUAUAUAGAAUAUUUUUGGAUAUCUGCCGGUGUUUGUCUAUCGCAAUCUAUUCAUUCGGGUUUUACGAGGAUUCUAUUAGAAAAAUUUGAAGUGUCCAAUUUUUGGCAAAUCGUCGAUAAAUAUAAGGUAAAUUUCGCCUACGUAGUAGCCAACUAUGCAAACGAUUUAAUAAGAAUAUCCAUCCCAGAAAAUUGUAACGUCUCCAGUUUGGUUCUCAUGUUGAUAGCUGGUACGCGCAUUUCAGCUGAAUGUAUAGUAGCCUUAAGAAAAAUGGUACAUCCUCUAGCAACCGUUUUACAGGGCUACGCACAAACAGAAUUCUGCGGUGCAAAUACCUACUACGAUAUUUAUAAUAAAGAUCAUAGGAGAUUGUUUACUGAAAAGCCACAGUCUGUGGGGUUGCCUAGUAUAGGAUAUACUUAUAAGGUGGUCGACAUGACAACAAAGGAAAUCCUUGGUCCAAACAAACAAGGCGAGCUCCUUGUUAAAGGUCCAACAAUAAUGAACGGCUACUACAAAAUGGACGCCAAGGAUGACUUUGACGACGAGGGCUUCUACAAAACGGGGGACAUAGUCUACUACGACGAAGAUAAGUCUUUCUACAUAGUGGACCGCAUCAAGGGUGCAAUCAAGUACAAAUUAUUUAUAGUAUGUUCAUCGGACAUCGAGGACAUACUGAUGAAGCACCCGGCGGUCAGACAGGCAGCUGUUUUUGGUACGGCGAACCCCGAGGAUAUGAACCACGUGACCGCGGUGGUGGUCGUGGAGGAAGGUUCGCAGGUGACGCAGGAAGAAGUCCGGGAGUUUGUCGAUGGGCAAGUCGAUGAUUACAAAAGGAUCAGAGGAGGCGUGAAGUUUGUCAAAUCGAUUCCGAUUACUUCAACUGGAAAAAUCAAGACCAGUGCUCUCAGGAGUUUAAUGGAAUAAAUGUAGAUACAAGAGAGGAAUUUAAAGAUAUUUUACAAUAUUUUAAUUCAAAAUUAUAUUUAAUAGUUUACUAAAAUAAAGGGAAAAAUAUAAUGUAGAAUGUUAUUAAAUAAUAAAAAUAUUAGGAUUAAAACAAAAUUAAAAAUAGUUAUUUUCCUAACAAGUGCGCAAAGUUACAUUUUUCUGCACGCUACUGCAGGCAGUAAGUUCGGAAAAAUUACUUUGCGCAUGUUUUA